UCAGUGUGUUGAUAUUUCCUGUGACUCUGAGAUCCUUGCAGAUACACAUUUAGUUUUUUAAAAUGAGUAUCCCAGUAGUGGACUUCGGCGCAUACAGCCUGAGUGAGGAAGAUGUUACUGACGAGCAGAUGCACAACUUGAGCAAAGAGUUGGAAACAGCUUUUACAGAAGUUGGUUUUGUUUUCCUGAAAAACACUGGGAUCACUCAGGAGGAGGUGUAUCGUGUUAUGGACAUAUCCAAGACGUUCUUCCUGCAGCCAGAUGAAGCGAAGCGACCCUUCAGCAGGAACAGCUUUGAAAACAAUCCCAACCACGGCUGGGUGUCUCUGGGGAUCGAGAAGUUGAACCCGCUUCGCCCUGGAGACCUAAAGGAGGCAUUCAACAUUACUUCACUUUGCCAAGGGAGCAUUAAAUGGCCAUCAGGUGCUGCAAAAGGCUUCCGGGAGAUCCAGACGUCUUUCUUCCAUCGCUGUAAAGCGCUGAGUCUGCGGGUGCUGAGGGUGAUGGCUCACAGUCUGGGUGUGGACCCCGAGGUGUUCCUGAGUGCUCACCGUUUAAUAGGAACUGCUGGGAACUCCACAACACUGCGCUCUCUGUACUACCCGCCUGUGAACCGUGAGGAAGGGAAGGAGGGUCAGCUGCGAUGUGGAGAACAUUCAGACUAUGGCAGCAUCACCCUGUUGUUUAGCGUCUCUGAGGGUCUACAGGUGCGCACACGUUCAGGUGAAUUCAUCUGCGCUCCCGUCAUCCCCGGAGCGGUGCUCAUCAAUGUCGCUGACCUGAUGCAGCGCUGGACCAGCGACCAGUUUGUCUCUGUGCUCCACAGAGUGUUGCUGCCCCCAGCUGCAGACUCCAGCACACGGCAGUCUCUCGCUUUCUUCGUGCAGCCGGAUGACGAGGCUCUGAUCAGCUGCUGCGACGGCUCCAACAGAUACCCCCCAGUCACAGGAGGCGGAUACCUCACCGAGCGCUUCAAGUCCUCUUAUGGACAAACCUGAAUCUCUUCCCAUUUCUCAAUUCAUACACACAUAAAUGUCUUUAGAUCCCACACUGAUUUCAGCCAAUGUGAAAGAUUUAAAAGAAGAGACUUCAACGUCAAAACCUGCAAGCUCAUUCAUUUUAUUGUCCACAUUCAAACCUUGUUCAACAGUUUCAUGAGUUCCCCACACACGACGUUGGGUGGUGGACAGAUUUAACAGAUUUUUGGAAAGGACAUAACUAUUGUACCUCCAUUUCUCAAAACAUUACCUAUCUUUGACCCUGUGACUAGCUCUGUUUGGAGUUUACUUACAUUUUCCCAUCUUUGUUGUAGCGCGUAAAUAAAUAAUUAUUCUAUCA